AUGAGGGGUAUCAGUGAUGAGCCAAUUCACCUGAAAAUCUUCUCACCACAUGUUGUCAAUCUCACGCUGGUGGAUCUGCCUGGCAUCACAAAGGUCCCGGUGGGAGACCAGCCUAAAGAUAUCGAGCUGCAGAUCCGCGAGCUGAUCUUAAAAUACAUCAGCAAUCCCAACUGCAUCAUUUUAGCUGUCACUGCAGCGAACACGGACAUGGCCACCUCUGAAGCUCUGAAAGUGGCCCGUGAGGUGGAUCCAGACGGUCGCAGAACACUGGCUGUAGUGACUAAACUAGAUCUGAUGGAUGCUGGUACUGAUGCAAUGGAUGUUCUCAUGGGCAGAGUCAUUCCUGUCAAACUAGGACUGAUUGGAGUGGUCAACAGGAGUCAGCUGGAUAUCAAUAAUAAGAAAUGUGUGGCAGACUCCAUCCGUGAUGAGCAUGCCUUCCUGCAGAAGAAAUACCCCUCCCUCGCCAACAGAAAUGGAACCAAGUAUCUCGCCAGAACAUUAAAUAGGUUAUUGAUGCAUCACAUUAGGGACUGUCUACCAGAGCUGAAGACACGUAUCAAUGUUUUAGCAGCUCAGUAUCAGUCCCUGCUCAGCAGCUACGGCGAGCCGGUAGAGGACAUGAGCUCCACCCUGCUGCAGCUCAUCACAAAGUUCGCCACUGAGUACUGCAACACUAUUGAAGGAACGGCCAAAUACAUUGAAACUGCUGAACUGUGUGGUGGUGCAAGAAUUUGUUAUAUUUUUCAUGAGACGUUUGGUAGGACACUGGAGUCGGUCGAUCCUCUUGGAGGGCUUACAACCAUAGAUGUACUCACAGCUAUUAGGAACGCUACAGGUCCCCGUCCUGCACUGUUCGUGCCUGAGGUGUCGUUUGAGCUGCUGGUGAAGAGGCAGGUGAAGCGUCUGGAGGAGCCCAGUCUGCGCUGUGUGGAGCUGGUGCAUGAAGAGAUGCAGAGGAUCAUUCAGCACUGCAGCAACUACAGCACUCAGGAGCUGCUUAGGUUUCCAAAGCUCCACGAUGCCAUAGUAGAAGUGGUCACUUCUCUUCUCAGGAAGAGGCUACCAGUCACCAAUGAGAUGGUUCACAAUCUUGUGGCAAUUGAGUUGGCUUAUAUCAACACCAAACACCCAGACUUCGCAGAUGCCUGUGGGCUCAUGAACAACAACAUUGAGGAGCAGAGGCGUAACCGAAUGAGAGAGCUUCCCUCAGCGGUGCCCCGUGAUAAGAUGGCUGGAGGAGCUCAGGGGGAGCAGGAAGGAGGAUCUGGGACUUGGAGAGGUAUGUUGAAGAAAGGAGACGAAGGCCAGGGCGAAGACAAGACUAAACCACAGAGCUCCGUCCUCGCCAGCCCUCAGAAAGGAUACGCAGUGAACCUGCUUGAUGUGCCCGUGCCGGUCGCCCGGAAACUGUCUGCUCGUGAGCAGAGGGACUGCGAGGUCAUCGAGUGUCUCAUCAAGUCGUAUUUCCUCAUUGUCCGUAAAAACAUCCAGGACAGUGUACCAAAGGCUGUGAUGCACUUCCUGGUUAACCAUGUGAAGGACAGCUUACAGAGCGAGUUAGUGGGGCAGCUGUAUAAACCCGCCCUGCUGGACGACCUCCUCACAGAGUCAGAGGACAUGGCCCAGCGCCGCAAUGAAGCCGCAGAUAUGCUGAAGGCCUUGCAGAAAGCCAGUCAUGUGAUCGCUGAGAUCCGAGAAACACACCUGUGGUGAAGUCCAGCUGAUGUACAGCCCCUCUCCCUUUCACUCGAACCCUGCGGUCUGCGUCAGCCUCGUCUCUCUUCUGUCUGGAUUUCACAGACAGCCAACUUGAAAAAUGCACUGGUGUCAGUUAGUGUGUAUUGAAUAUAAUCUUAUGUACUCAACGGACUCUUCUUUAAAUACACUGAGGGCAGCACAUAUCACUUCACACCUGCACACGUCCCAUUCUGUGAUCUCUCUCAUGUAUGUAAGCAGACACAUGAUGUACGCUGCAGAUAAUGUGUGGCCUGUUAAAGGACUGUGUGUCCCUGAUCUAGCCUAAAUUAAAGGUAGUGAUACAAACAAAUUAAAGGGUUUGUCAUGAUGUUGUGGCUUCAUUUGCAACUUUUGGUAUGAUUGGACAUUUGCGAAAGUGCACUCAGUAAUAUUUUCAUGUAUUUCUGUUCGAUAUAGCCAUCAACUUUGGAUUAUAUUGACAAUGUUGCAGGAUCACACAAAAAUGUAUUCUGAAAAUAAUUACAGGGGCUACCAAGAUAAAGUGAGAAGCAUUUGACUGGUCAUGUGAUCUCAACUUGGUUACCCCUAUAUAAGGGUGACAUGCUCAAUGUAAAUAAAUCCCCUUUUAUUAGACUGUUGAUAGUGAGUCUACAUGAUUCGAAACAUAAGCAGCACUCAUCUCUUUUGUGUGAAUGUAUAAAACUUUUUUAAUAAAACCAAAAUUACUAGAUGCAC